AUGUGUGGCAGGACGGCUUGUGCUUUGGAACCGAGCACGAUAUGUGCCAAAUGUCAGCUUAAUCUUCGUAACAACAAAGAAAUAGGGCAACCUAACUGGCACAAUGCUCCUGGUGGUCAAAAGUAUAAUCCGUCAUAUAAUAUAUCUCCAGGAUCAUUCACACCAGUUCUAGUUUCAAACCAGUUCACUGAUACAAAGGAUAAAGGCCAUUCACUUCAGGUGAUGCGUUGGGGUUUAAUACCUGCGUUUAUUCAUGGGGACUCGACUUCCACUUUUCACACAUUCAACGCUCGUAUCGAAUCAUUAUUAGAUAAACGCUCUUACAAGUGUUCACUGCAAGAAGGCAAACGAUGCGUAGUUGUGGUUCAAGGAUUUUAUGAAUGGAAAAUUGGAAUCAAGAAAAAACAACCAUUUUAUUUUUGUCCUUCAGAUCCUGACAAAUUGCUUAUGAUGGCAGGUUUGUUUGCUCAUAAUUAUGAGAAACAGAUGUAUUCAUAUACCAUAAUAACCACAAGUUCAAAGGGCAUCAUGGCAGAUGUGCAUUCAAGAAUGCCUAUCAUUUUAGAUAACGAUGAUGAUAUUUGUGAGUGGCUGGAUCCCGCUGAAUCCAAUUAUAAACAAGCAUAUCAAUUUCUCACCGAUCUUGCAGACAAUCUGGACAAUGUGUCUGUCAUUAAAUAUCCCGUUACAUCUCAGGUCAACAAUUCCACGUAUAACGAGCCUAACUGUAUUAAACCGAUUAGUGAAGAAGAAGAACACAAGAAAAUGACUAAAUCUUAUGGUAGCUCAAAUAUAAUGAUGCAAUUUCUUAAGCGUUCAAAUAAAGAUAGUACUUGUGAUCAAACAAAUCCUGGCAACAAUUCUAGUUAUGAUGUUUCACACAAAAAUAUUGAUGCAAUAAAAAAAGAGGAAGCAAAUCAAUAG